AUGGAACUCACUGAUUCUACGAACGAGCAACUCGGAGAGACAAGGAGCGUCGGUCUCAAGGAAGAUAAUCGCUCCUUUCUCGGCAUCGAUCUCAACGAAAUCCCUACCGGCGCUACUCUCGGCGGUGGUUGCACUGGUGCUCAGGAUGACGACGGAGAGUAUGAACCUGUUGAAGUAGUUAGGUCAAUUCACGAUAAUCCGGACCCAGCGCCUGGAGCGCCUGCGGAGGUUCCUGGGCCGGAUCGGGAUGCCGCGUGCGGCGCGUGUGGAAGGCCAGAGUCGAUUGAACUCGUAGUAGUCUGCGACGCUUGUGAGCGAGGGUUUCAUCUAUGCUGUGUUAACGACGGAGUGGAGCCGGCUCCUUCCGCCGAUUGGAUGUGCAGCGACUGUGCUACCGGUGGGGAGAGGAGCAAACUGUGGCCGUUGGGGGUUAAGUCUAAGCUCAUCCUGGAUAUGAACGCCUCGCCGCCGAGUGAUGUGGAGGGAUACGGAGGCGAGGAGACGUCAGAUUCGAGAAAGCAUAUGCUGGCCAGCAGUUCUUGCAUGGGAAACUCUUUUGACUAUGCAAUGACGCAUUCAAGCUUUUUGAAUCCUGGUAGAGGACAUGCUAGUCCCGAAGCGUCAGGGAUAAUGGCUCGUAAUACUAAAAUGAGUGUGGAUGGAUUGGAUUCACAUACCCUAGGUUUUGGCUUCCCGUUCAGCCUGAGCAACAGUAAUUCGCCCGUUAGAUUUCCAUCCUUAGAUCCAAGUGAGCUGUUGCUGCAAAAUCUCAGGCAUUUCAUAUCGGAAAGGCAUGGAGUAUUAGAAGAUGGUUGGCGAGUCGAAUUUAAACAACCUUUGAAUGGCUAUCAUCUAUGUGCUGUGUAUUGUGCUCCGAAUGGAAAGACAUUUAGUUCCAUACAAGAUGUUGCUUGUUAUCUGGGCUUGGCAAUGAAUGGUAAGUACAACUGUAUGGAUGCUGAAAUCAGGAAUGAGAGUUCUCUUCUUCAAGAAAGAUUGCAGCAUAUGCCCAAGAGAAGAAAGACAUCAAGAUGGCCAAACAAUGGUUUCACUGAGCAAAAGGGUAGUUCAGUGAGUGCUCAGCUCAGGGGUUUUCCAUUCAAUGGUCCGAUGAUGUCCCCUUUUGCCAUCAAAUCUGAUACUCUUUUUCAGGCUGGUGAAUCCCUUAGCUCUGGAAAAAAUGAAUGCGGUUGUGAGGAAGCUAAUAACGGACUUCCAAUGCAGUUUGAAGAUUUCUUUGUUCUGUCCUUUGGACGAAUUGACAUAAGACAGUGUUACCACAAUGUCAACAUGAUAUAUCCAAUAGGUUAUAAGUCCUGCUGGCAUGAUAAGAUCACGGGGUCGCUAUUUACGUGUGAAGUAUUGGAUGGCAGUUCUGGGCCUGUUUUCAAGGUUACAAGGUCACCAUGCUCGAAAUCAUUUAUUCCAAUUGGAUCAACUGUCUUCUCCUGCCCAAAAAUCGAUGAAAUGGUGGAACAGAACCUUGACAAACGAGGUGAUCGUAGAGACAGUACUCUAGAGAAUGAUGAUGACACUGUUGAGAUUCUUCUUUCAGAUCCCUCCCCACCUCUUGGAGAUGAUAUAUUGUCUUGUUUACGAGAGAAAAAUAUCUCCAAUACACUCAAUUGUCUGCGCUCUGAAGUUGGUUCUUCUCAAGUAGACUUUGAUAAUACUUUAUCCUAUAAUCAGAAGCAUGGGGUUGAAGUUGGCGAUAUUGUUGUGGAAGAAGAGUCAUUGUCUGUUGCAUGGAAAAAGGUGUCUCAAAAGCUUGUUGAUGGAUGUUCCAAUGUCCUGAAGCAGAAGGGCUCCAUGAUCUUACUUUGCAAGCAUGUUGACAGAGAAACAAGGGAAAUUAACCGGGAUAUGAUAAAUGAGGAAGACAAUGUAAUUUUAUCUUUGUCAAGAUUUUGCUGUUCUUUGGCUCCUCACAUUGCUACAUGUGGUGAAAAAGAUAAAAGCAAGAUUGAACCUCUAGUUGAUGCUUUGUCAAGGUGGCUGGAUCAAAGCAGAUUUGGACUAGAUGUAGAUUUUGUACAGGAAAUUAUUGAACGUAUGCCUGGUGCCGAAUCAUGUUCCAAUUAUAGACCUCUGAAGAUUAGAAGUUCUUCUUCUGUAACUGUAGCAGAAGGAGCGCUAGUUGUCAAACCAAAAGGUGGGGAAAAUGUCAAGGAAGAAGUAUUCGGUGAGAUUUCUCGGAAAGCCAAGAGGCAUAAACUAAUUGGUGGUCAUGGUGUCAGCAAUCCACACCCUCCUCCCGGGAGGCCUAUGUGUUUGAGGCUUCCUCCUGGGCUUGUUGGUGACUUCCUUCAGAUAUCUGAAGUGUUCUGGCGUUUCCGUGAAAUAUUGGGUUUGGAAGAGGCUUUCUCACCUGAGAAGCUUGAACAGGAGCUUAUCAAUCCAGUGUUCGAUGUUUGGUUUCUUGAUAAAUCUGGGAAAGAAGUUAACAGAAGUGAGAUGAACAUUAGCGAUAAGGAUUGUACAACUACUAAAAAAUUUUCUUUGUUCGAUGAACCUCGCCAACCUUUUUCUUCGGAAAAUACCUCUGCUUCUGUACUAAAAGGGACAAAAUCAGGGGAGUCUACUGAGCUUAACAACUCAUAUUCCUCUCGUGGGCCGUGCUUGGGUGCACUUUUAACAACGACUCACAUUUCGCUUCUGCAAGUGCUAAUAUGUGAGCUGCAAUCCAAGGUAGCUGCAUUUGUUGAUCCAAACUUUGAUUCUGGAGAAUCGAGAUCCAGACGAGGACGGAAAAAGGAUGACAGUACACUUUCUGCUAAAAGAAAUAAGCUGCAUAUGCUUCCUGUUAACGAGUUCACUUGGCCUGAAUUGGCCCGUAGGUACAUCUUGUCUCUUUUAUCAAUGGAUGGGAACCUUGAAUCAACAGAGAUUGCUGCCCGUGAAAGUGGUAAGGUAUUUCGUUGUUUACAAGGUGAUGGUGGUUUGCUUUGCGGUUCACUUACAGGUGUGGCUGGGAUGGAAGCCGAUUCAAUGUUACUUGCAGAGGCUACUAAAAAAAUAUUUGGGUCUUUGACCAGAGAAAAUGGUGUUCUUUCUGUGGAAGAUGAUGAUUCCGAUGGCCUUGAUGCCACUGAGAUAAACACUUGCAAUGGUGAUAUUCCGGAGUGGACACAGGUUCUGGAACCUGUGAGAAAGCUUCCAACAAAUGUUGGAACUAGAAUCAGAAAGUGUGUCUAUGAUGCUUUAGAGAGAAAUCCACCAGAGUGGGCAAAGAAGAUAUUGGAGCAUUCCAUCAGUAAAGAAGUAUAUAAAGGCAAUGCUUCAGGACCGACAAAGAAAGCUGUCCUCUCAUUGCUAGCGGAUGUUCGAGGUGGAGAUUUGGUGCAGAGGUCUGUUAAAGGAACCAAAAAGAAGACGUCUAUUGGUGUAUCUGAUGUCAUUAUGAAGAAAUGUCGUGCUGUGUUGCGUGAUGUUGCAGCUGCAGAUGAGGAUAAAGUAUUUUGCACUUUGCUGGGCCGAAAGUUGCUGAACUCCAGUGACAAUGAUGAUGACGGACUCCUGGGAUCACCUGCAAUGGUUUCGCGUCCCUUAGACUUCAGAACGAUUGAUUUGAGGUUGGCUGCUGGUGCGUAUGAUGGAUCAACUGAAGCUUUUCUUGAGGAUGUUCUUGAGCUGUGGAGUUGUAUACGUGCUAUGUAUGCUGAUCAGCCCGAUUGUGUAGAACUGCUCGGAACAUUGUCUGAAAAAUUUAAGUCAUUAUACGAAGCUGAGGUUCUACCACUUGUUCAGAAACUUAUGGACUACAGAAAAUUGGAAUGCCUAAGUACAGAGGUGAAGAAGGAAAUUAAGGACAUAGUAGUUUCAAUAAAUAAGCUUCCUAAGGCUCCGUGGGAUGAGGGGGUAUGUAAAGUAUGUGGCGUUGACAAAGAUGAUGACAGUGUUCUCUUGUGUGAUACAUGCGAUGCUGAGUAUCACACAUACUGUUUGAAUCCACCUCUUAUUAGAAUACCUGAUGGAAAUUGGUAUUGUCCAUCAUGUGUCAUUGCCAAGCGCAUAGCUCAAGACGCUUUGGAAUCUUACAAACUAGUCAGACGGCGGAAAGGUAGAAAGUAUCAGGGGGAACUUACCCGAGCUUCUAUGGAAACGACUGCACACCUGGCAGAUGUGAUGGAAGAAAAAGACUACUGGGAGUUCAGUACUGAGGAGAGAAUCCUGCUGCUUAAGCUUCUAUGCGAUGAACUGCUUAGCUCAUCCCUUGUUCAUCAACACCUCGAGCAGUGUGCCGAAGCAAUAAUUGAAAUGCAGCAGAAGUUGCGCUCACUUUCCUCAGAAUGGAAAAACACGAAAAUGCGGCAAGAAUUUCUGACGGCUAAACUCGCAAAGGUUGAACCUAGUAUUCUGAAGGAACUGGGCGAACCACAAAAUUCAAGUAGCUUUGCAGAGCAAAUUAGAUGUAAUCAACAACAACAGGAGGGUGUUGGAGACAGGGUUACUCAUGAUGAUGACACUUCCUCUGCUGCAUUUCUUAACAAGAAUCAGAGGACAACUCCGCUUAUGACUGAUGCUCAAACCGAAGAGUUACAUGUCAUUUCCGGUGAGAGAAAGAUUUCCACCCCAGAAAAUGUUACAUCCCCUGGGAGGCCCGAGUUGCCAAUAGCAGAUGCUUCUCCUCAUGGAACGGAUAAUUUGUCUUGUGAAAAAGAUAGCUCGGACACGUUGCACAAAUCAGUUGGAGGGAACCAUGAAAUACACACUCUAAAAUCCAAUGCAGUGGAAUCGCAGACAGCUCAUGAUGCAUCUUCUAUGGCUUCCCAAGAAUUGCAGGCUAGUCAACAAGAGUUGAAUGCCACUAGUAAUGAAAUACAGAAUCUGCAGCAAUCAAUCAGAAGCAUAGAAUCACAGCUUCUAAGGCAAUCUAUACGAAGAGACUUUCUGGGAAGUGAUGCUAGUGGUCGUUUAUAUUGGGGUUGCUGCUUCCCAGAAGAACAUCCUCGUAUAUUGGUUGAUGGGAGCAUAUCUUUGCAGAAAUCUGUACAAGUUAAUUUGACAGGUUCAAAAGUCCUCUCCCCAUUUCUUCAUGCCGUUGACCAUGGAAGACUAUUGGUUUCACCCUGGACGUAUUAUGAAACUGAAGCGGAAAUCAGCGAGCUUGUCCAAUGGCUUCAUGAUGAUGACCCGAAAGAAAGAGAGCUGAGAGAGUCUAUUUUGUGCUGGAAAAGGUUACGAUUUGGGGAUCUUCAAAGGGGAAUGAAACAAGCUCAGAAUUCCUCCUGCCCAAUAUCUGCUGGGAGUCUUGUGACCAAGGCUGCCAUGUCAAUGGAGAAGAGAUAUGGGCCAUGCAUCAAACUAGAGACCGAAACCUUAAAAAAACGGGGAAAGAAGACAAAGGUUGCAGAGCGAGAGAAACUGUGUAGAUGCGAAUGCUUGGAACCCAUUUUGCCAUCUAUGAUUCACUGCCUCAUUUGCCACAAAACAUUUGCAAGUGAUGAUGAAUUUGAGGAGCACACCGAGAGUAAGUGUAUUCCUUAUUCAUUAGCAAGUGAAGAAGGCAAGGAAAUCUCUGAUUCUUCUAAAGCAAAAGAUGGUCUGAAAUCUGAUUAUCUUAAUGUAUAUAACGCCGGGAAAGAUGUAGCUGAGAUGUCCAAUGUGUCUGAACUUGAUUCUGGGUUGAUAAGAUAUCAGGAAGAAGAAUCUAUUUCCCCAUACCAUUUCGAGGAGAUCUGUUCCAAGUUUGUGACAAGGGAUUCUAACAGAGAUUUGGUUAAAGAAAUCGGUCUGAUCGGUUCAAAUGGAACUCCAACAUUUCUUCCGUCGUCAACAUUUCUUAACGACUCAAUGCUCAUAUCUGCCACUUGCAAUAAGCUAGAUGGUGGUGAUUCAGUGGAUCAGGUGAUUUUUACUGGUUCUGAAGCCAAUGAUGAAGGCUUAAAUUCUGAAUCUAAUAUGUCAUUCAAUAGAAUUGUCACAAAUGAUCUUGGCGGCCCACUGAAUAAACCGAGCGGACUGAGUUUUGGUUUAUCAGAUCAAAAGAAUAAGAAAUCUUCAGGUCGUGGUUUAGAAGGCUGCUGUGUAGUUCCACAGUCUUCGUUGAAACGUAUUACCGGCAAAGCGUUGUCGGUUUUCAGGUUCCUUAAAACCAAUAUGCUUGAUAUGGAUGUGGCACUACCUGAAGAAGCUUUGAGACCAUCGAAAUCACAUCCAGACCGUAGGCGAGCUUGGCGUGCAUUUGUUAAAUCAGCACAAAGCAUUUUCGAGUUGGUUCAGGCAGCAAUUGUGGUGGAAGACAUGAUAAAGACAGAGUACUUGAAAAACGAAUGGUGGUACUGGUCUUCUCUUUCAGCGGCUGCUAAAAUCUCGACUCUCUCUGCGUUAUCGGUCCGUCUCUUCUCCCUCGAUGCAGCUAUUUUGUACGAAAAACCCAUAAAUCAAUCAGAUCCUAAGGAUGAAACAAAGACGAUCAGCUUACCAGACCAGAGGUCACAACCUGUUUCAGAUCCACAAGAAAGAAGCAGCAGAUCAAACAGAAGAUCUGGUAAGAAGAGGAAAGAACCUGAGGGAUCAUAAAAAUUCACUUGAACCACCGGGAAAAGAACAAAAAAAAGAGCUCAGCAACCCAGCCCGGGAAAACAUGAACCGGAAAUGGUGGAUUUUUAAAAUCAAAGUGGAGCCAAUGUAUGUGUAUGUGUAGAUAUAAGCAAUGUUUCAAUCUGGGACCAGGUCCCGGAUGUUGAGAUCUGGUUUGGUGGGUUCAUCAUGACAAGUCCGAUUUACAUCUUUCUUGGAAUGGAACGGCGGUUGACGGCGUUUUAACAGGUGGAUGAGCCGCCGAGAGAGUAUGUGUACACAUAAAUAUAUGUAGAAGACUAACUAAUGUGGAAUUAAUUAGUAUUAAAGUCGCUUCUUAGACAUUAACUGAUUUUAGAACCAAAACUUCGAUUCUUUAUAAAGCUUUCUCUCUCUCUCUCUUCUUUAUAUAAAUGGAUAAUUAUGAGGGGCUUCAA